UUAGUCAGGUCUGGUUUUCUGCCGCCACUGCACGAGGACCAGAACUCGUUUGUGAUUGUUUGCUUAAUAUCACUAAUUUUCUCCCCAUCUUUCUGUCAGGAAAUGGCGGAUUCACAAGAGGACAAGCUUUACAAAGCCGAGUAUGCAAAAAGCGGACGGGCUUCGUGCAAGAAAUGUAAAGAAAACAUUGCUAAGGACUCGCUGAGGAUGGCUAUCAUGGUGCAGUCGCCCAUGUUUGAUGGUAAAGUGCCACACUGGCAUCAUUUCUCGUGCUUCUGGCUCCGCGCGGCCGUGCAGUCGUCGUCAGACAUCUCGGGCUUUACGGAUCUCCGCUGGGAGGACCAGGAGAAAGUAAAGAAGGCCAUCGAAAGCGGAGGAUCUGUUGGUGGUAAAGCGGACCGUAAAGGAGCAGGUAAAGGAGAGAAGUCGCUGAAUGACUUUGCAGUGGAGUAUGCCAAGUCCAAUAGGAGCACCUGCAAAGGCUGUGAUCAGAAAAUAGAGAAGGACCACAUUCGCAUAUCGAAGAAAUCGGUGGACCCGGAGAAGCCUCAGCUGGGUCUGAUCGAUCGCUGGUACCACACGGGCUGCUUUGUGAGCCGGCGCGAGGAGCUGGUGUUCAAGCCCGAGUACAGCGCACCUCAGCUCAAAGGCUUCGCCGCACUGCGUGCCGAGGACCAGGACGAGUUGAAGAAGACACUCUCGCCUGUCAAGGCUGAGGGGAAGAGGAAAGCCGACUCUGUCGACGGAGACAGCGUCUCGAAGAAGAAGAAGAAGAAAGAGGAAGAAGAGGAGAAAAAACAACUGGAGAUGAAGCUGAAGGAGCAGAGCCAGUUGAUUUGGGGAAUUAAAGACAAACUGAAGAAAUACUGUUCAGUCAAUGACAUGAAGGAGCUUCUGAUUGCCAACGGACAGGAAGUUCCUGCAGGAGAAUCCAAUGUCUUAGACCGUCUGUCUGACUGCAUGGCUUUCGGAUCGUUGAAGCCCUGCGAGACGUGUCAGGGUCAGCUAGUGUUCAGGAGCGACGCCUACUACUGCACAGGAGACAUCUCCGCCUGGACGAAGUGUGUGGUCAAGACUCAGACGCCUAACCGCAAAGACUGGGUCACUCCGAAGGAGUUUCAUGAAAUUCCCUACCUGAAGAAGUUUAAGUUCAAGCGUCAGGACCGUGUUUUUCCCAAAGAGCCUCCUGCUGCUCCCUCUGCCGCUCCUGCGUCUUCUACGGUCACUUCGGCUUCCGCCUCUGCGGCUUCUGGUUUUCUCACCGAGCUCCCUACUGAAGUGCCCACAGAUAAGCCUCUGACUGGGCUGAAGGUGCUGUCUGUGGGGAAGCUGAGUAAGAACAAGGACGAGCUGAAGGCUGUGGUAGAGGAGCUGGGUGGAAAAAUCACCGGCACUGUUAACAAAGCCACGUUCUGCCUCAGCUCCAGGAAGGAAGUUGAAAAGAUGAGUAAGAAGAUGGAGGAGGUGAGGGAUGCCGGCGUGCGAGUCGUCUCCGAAGAAUUCCUCACCGAUAUCAAGUCCUCGGGGAAGGGGCUUCGAGAGCUCAUCUCCUUGCACGGGAUCUCGCCCUGGGGCGCCGAGGUCAAAGACGAGGCCCAGGCUUCAUCAGCGGCCGCAAAAUCCAGCGGAUCCUCCAAGAGCUUGGGGAGAGCCAGCGAGGACGAGGGUGGCAGUAAGUCAAAGACGAUGAAGCUAAUGGUUAAAGGUGGAGCAGCUGUAGAUCCGGACUCAGGUCUGAAGGACUGCGCUCAUGUCCUGGAUCAGAACGGGAAGAUCUACAGCGCUACUCUGGGGUUGGUGGAUAUUGUCCGGGGAACAAACUCCUACUACAAACUCCAGCUGCUGGAGGACGACGUACAGAAACGGUACUGGGUGUUCAGGUCCUGGGGUAGAGUAGGAACCACAAUCGGAGGAAACAAACUGGAGAAGUUUUACGACAAGAACUCGGCCAUGGAUAACUUCCGCAGCGUGUACGAGGAGAAGACGGGCAACAGCUGGACCUCAAGCAGUUUCACCAAAUAUCCCAACAAAUUUUAUCCUCUCGAGAUUGAUUACGGACAGGAUGAGGAAGCGGUGAAGAAGCUGAAAGCCAGCAGCGGUACCAAGUCUAAACUCGCUAAACCAGUACAGGAGCUCAUCCGCAUGAUUUUUGAUGUAGAGAGCAUGAAGAAGGCCAUGGUGGAGUUUGAGAUUGACCUGCAGAAGAUGCCUUUGGGGAAACUGAGUAAGAGACAGAUUCAGAGUGCGUACUCUCUCCUCACUGAGGUUCAGCAGGCUGUGUCCGAUAACGCUUCAGAGGCUCUGAUCCUGGACCUGUCCAAUCGUUUCUACACCCUGAUACCUCACGACUUCGGCAUGAAGAAACCUCCGCUGCUGAGUAACCUGGACUACAUACAGGCCAAAGUGCAGAUGCUGGACAACCUGCUGGACAUCGAGGUGGCAUACAGUCUCCUGCGUGGCGGAGCCGAGGACAACAAGAAAGACCCGAUUGACCUCAACUACGAGAAACUCAAAACUAAGAUCCAGGUGGUGGAUAAAUUGUCCGAAGAAGCUCAGAUUAUUCAGCAGUAUGUGACGAACACACACGCUGCAACUCAUAACACCUACACACUCGAAAUAGAAGAGAUCUUUAAGAUCGAGAGAGAAGGUGAGUACCAGCGUUACCGCGCCUUCAAAGAUUUACCCAACCACCAGCUCCUGUGGCACGGCUCCCGCACCACCAACUACGCUGGAAUCCUGUCUCAGGGUCUGCGCAUCGCCCCGCCCGAGGCUCCUGUCACAGGUUAUAUGUUCGGUAAAGGCGUGUACUUUGCUGACAUGGUGUCUAAGAGUGCAAACUACUGUCACACGUCCCAAGCGGACCCCGUAGGCCUCAUUCUGUUGGGAGAAGUCGCUCUCGGCAACAUGCAUGAACUUAAAAAGGCUUCGCACAUCACAAAGCUACCCAAAGGGAAACACAGCGUCAAGGGUUUGGGAAGGACUGCCCCAGAUCCUAGUGCUACUGUGUCUUUUAACGGAGUGGACGUACCGCUGGGCAAAGGUGCCAACACCAACAUCGAUGACACAAGCCUGCUUUACAACGAGUAUAUCGUGUACGACGUUGCUCAGGUGAAUCUGAAAUACCUCCUGAAGAUCCGCUUCAAUUAUCAGACUUCCCUUUGGUGAGAGGUGCUUACUUGCGACCCUAAUCUCCAUACCACCGUCAGUUCUUGAUGAAGAAAGAACCCGAUCUCCACAUCUCCGUCAGCUCACUGCAAUGCCGCCAUCAAGACAGAGGAGAGAGAGUUCCUGUCUUUCAUUUCCAUCUGUCGAUUUCUGUGCUUUUAGUGUUCAGCGUGGGAUAAAUAAAACAAGUUCUCUUGCACUGUAAACAGUCUAUUAGUGUAAAUGCUCACUUUGUGACUCGUAUUGUUAUUUCUGUUAGAGAUGUACAGAUAUGGGAUUUAAUCUAAUUAGUAUUUCGGGGGUUUUGUGGAGAUUUCUUGGAUCCUACAAACAGUAUUCGUUAGAACGGUCUUCCAUUAGUUUUCUAGACUUCUUUCCUUCGCAUUUAGGCACAUUGUAUUGAAUUUUUUUCCAUUACAAAGUCUGAUCCUUGUAGUUUUAUUUUCUUUAUUGAAAACAGACCAACAUACUGUACAGUUUUUAGUAACUGAUGGUUUCCUUGUACAUAAAUUACUAGCAGUUGAUUGCUUAAAGAACGGACGAACGGAUCUCUUACUAGGAUUCCUAGUAUUAGGGCUUUUAGAAACAACAAACAUACGUAUACACUUUCUGUGUACCUCAAAAGUUUUUUUUUUGUUUUUUUACUUAGGUGUAAAUGUUCAAACUAGUUAAUUUCAUGAAGUUAAUUGAAAUAAGUGUUUUCUUUGCAGUUUGUAAUAUGGUUAAAUCGUCAUAUGCUUUGCUUUUGCUUGUUUUUUUUCUUUACAAUAACUGAAUAAAAACAGUACUUUAA